AUGUUUCGCCCGGCGAGCUGGGUCUGCGUGCUGGACUUCCAGCCGUGCGUCGACCAGGCGGAGUUGGAGUCCAUCGGCAGCCUCAUCUCAACGGCCGAGCAAGCCGAGCUGGACGCGGCCACCCUGUCUUGCGACGAGUGGCAGACGAAAUGCACAUCGGGGGACCUCUCAGAGCUGAUCACGUGCGAAAGCCAGGGCAGCGUCCUGACGCUCACGCUCCAGCCAGACGUGCUGCUGCCGUCCGGACGCUUCUUCCGGAUCACCGUGCCGGGGCACAACAUUCGGUAUCAGUCAGCGGAUGAUGCAGACAUGUCGUGGACGUUCAGAACCCGCGAUUCCGACGUGGACAAGACGGUCUUGGACGAGCGCGUCGGCGUGACUGGCGUGAGUUUGGUGAAUGUGGUGGACGUAUUGUCUAUCUCGCCUUACGACAAAAAAGUAGGCAGCGAGUCGAACGUAGUAACAGUGACCAUACGACUGGACAAGAAGAUCGAUCCUUACGCAAGGUUACUUAUCACGUACCCAGAGGCUUACUCACUAAUCGAUGGCGCAGCAAACCAAGGGCUUUCUGUAUCAGUUGCGGCCGAUUGGCCCACUAAGACCAUCAAUAUCGUGCAGUACAAUAAUGUUAUAGAGUUGACCUCUUUUGAAGAGGCCAUGCCUGCCGACAGGGAUAUGACGUUGGAUAUCAUUCUCAGCAACCCCGCGAUUUCGCCAAUGGCGGUGGACAACAUAUGGACGUUCGAGGCAUUAAGCAGGGCGAACAGUGACACGUUCUACACCUUGAGCUCCCACAUGUACGUGCACGGUUUCAAGAUUUUCGGAGAGUUCUCUUCUGCCACCAUCACGCCGACUCUUAUUUCGCCAACGGCCUCUAACAGGGUCAAUUUAUAUUUCAUGCUGAAGAGCCCCCUCAUAUACACCUCCGCGAGCUAUCUCUGGGUGUGGCUGCCGAUGGGCUGGACACCCAACACCUACGUGGCGGCAGGGUCCACAACCACGAACUGGUGGUCGGAACUCGCGCCCGCUUGGGCCGUCCAGUGA